AAAUGUAUGGUAUACAAAACUGCGAAAAUGUAAAUGAUGCUAGGUAUGAAAUUUUUACAAAAACUUACAAGUUUAAAAGCGUAAACGAGACAUUCGCUAAAAAAUUAAAAAAUGUUGAUGCUUCCAAUUUACCACCGUGCAAAGCAGAGUUGUAUCAGCAGUUACUUCGGGCACAGUAUGUGACAACUAUUUGGAACAACGCGUAUUUGCAAAUACCUACAUUGCUGAGGCCUCAAGAUCACGGCUGGGUUGAACAAAAUGGGAAAAUGGAGUUACUUUGGUUCGAAGGGGACCAAUCCCCCAAAUUGGUAAAUGAUGUCAUAAUACAACCAACAUUGACUGAUGGGAGCACCACUGAUACAGAUGAAUAUGGUACGGAUGAUUCAAUAAAUGAUGACUUUGCAUCAGAUAUAGAAUAAAUCAUCUUUUUUAAUACUUUUAUAAACAUACAUAGCUACUUGCAUUUGUUUUGUUUUUUGUUUCUGCCUUCUUUUAAUUGCAUAAAACUUGUCCUUUUUAAUAAAAUAUUUUAUUGUAUUUGAUGAAUUUUUCAAUAUGUACCUUGUUCUCGAUAUAUUGCAAUUUUUAUAUGAAUAUCCAGGAGCUUGUUAAAAAUUUUGGCAUUUCCAUAACGUUAGAGGGAUUAGAUAUUGAUUAAGGUAAGUUUUGUAACGCUAUUGAUACAUGCCAAUAAUAAAUAUGAAGACUUUAACUGGAUUAGGGUACAAAAUAUUUACAUUGUGGAAUGACAAGUGUACUUAAGACUUUCUUUCCCUUUAAAUGGAAUGGCCUGUGCUAAAAAAAGCCAAAAGUCAAAAAACAAUUCAGAAAAAAUCCCUGAGAAUACUGAUCCCGAACAAAAAAACACAGUUUUCGAUAUUUUUAGUUUUUUUUUUCAAAAAGUAAAAGAGAUUUUGACUUCUAGUUUUCGGUGUUUGACUCAAAAUAUAUAAGUGAAAUAAGAAUUGGAAAAAAAGUUAGUACUUAAUUGGGUAGAUUUUUUGGAAUAAAAACUGUUUGAACUGUUUUUGAAUUUUUUUUCAAAAUUUUGUGUUUGAAAUUUUUUGUUUCAAAAACUAUUCAUCAAAAAACAUUUAUAUAAAAACCAGAAAGUGGUAUACCUUUUUCCUUUAAAAAAAGGUAUCGUUUAGUUUUGAAAGUGUUGCCGUUCUCUUUAAAUAUUUUUUUUUUUGAUUUAAGGUAGAGUUCUUAAUUUAAAAUUUUUUUCACAUUCAAGUGCUUGGCAGACCGUUUUUGCCACGGCUGACUAGACUUUUUUUUUGCAGUUACAUGCCUGGGGAUGUCCUUAAACAUAUUUCAUAUGACUUAAUACACAACCAAAAAAGUAAAAAAACUAAAAAAAAUUAAUUUAAAAAAAUUUUUUUUUUUGUUUGUUUUGACUGUUUUGGUAAGGAAAUUUUUUUAUAAAUUUUUAAAAAACAUUAUUAUUAUAGGAAAUUUAAUUCUCUACAAAAUUUGUUAAGAACAAUAUCUCAAAAUUAUGCUUUGUUUACGAGAUAUAUUGAAAAAACCAAAAAGGGGGCUUUUGCACCCCUAUCUCCAGUUCCCACCCUCUCAUUUAAUAGCACUCCGCGGUUUUAUCUUUUUUAUAACCCAUUGAACGAUUCCUGCAAUAAAACCCGUGAACAUCUUACUUCCUUUCUGAAAGACAUAAUUAAUAGCCGUAAUUUUGGCGUU